CUCCGGCAUGAAGAAAAUUUUGCAAAUCUCUUCUCACAUAGCACAAAGGUCAAACACUCACACACAUAAUGACACAUACCUUAGUUUAACUUCCCCUACUCUAUGACCCACCCCAAGAUUCCAAAGUCCUCUAUAUUUAAUCAUAUUUCUUCAUUGUUUUUUAUUGCAUAAUCUUAUAACUAUACUCUUCAUUGCUUCUUUAAAACUUCUCACCACCCAACCCCAAUAAUAUUUUCAUCAUCGUUCCUUCAUCUUAUCUUCUUGCUUUUCUGAUCAAAAACCAAGCUGCAGCUUCUAUGACUUCUGCCAUAACCAAACCUCCUUCAAGUGAGUGUGACUCCUCUGAGGAGAGUGGUUGGACUAAGUACUUUGAGGAUUUCCUUAACAACCAUCGUAUUCAUGAUCACAAAUGUUGUUCUGUGUCUUUCUCUAAUAGCGACUCCACCCUCUUUUCCUGUGCUGCUGAGAAAAUCUUAACUCAUGAUGACACCACGCAACCUCAGGAAUCAUGUUUCAGGAAGAGAAAGAAGAUCAAAACUGCUUUAGUGGUUGAUGAUGCUUUGGAAGAUACUGCAACUUCUCCGGUCAAAGCCUCCAAGGGGAAAAAAAAUACCCCAAGAGAGAGAGAUGAAAGUCUUAUAAGUGACAAUGACCACACAGAACUGAAGAAGAAAGGUCUUUGCUUAGUUCCUAUGUCGAUGAUAGCAAAAUAUAUUGGUUGAUUAAUUCCAUGAAAAACGACCCAAUAUAUAUGCAUUUGGGAAAAUAUAUCCAUUGACACCCACAUGAAAAGAAAAUGAAAAUGGAUGUGCAACAAGAAAAUCGAAAAUUGAAAUUGUGAAUUCUUGAGUGUUGAAAAUACUUAUGAAUUUCUCUCUCUUAAUUAGUGCACAUAAUGGAUAAUCGUUUUAUAAGGCAAAAUAGAAUCAUGCCAGACAGCUAGAACAUGUUCCAUAUAUAUAAUGAAUCAAUCAUUGUUUUCAAAUUUAUAAAGUCGUUUUAUUUGUUUCCAAUGGCAUCAUUUAAUCCUUUACACUUUAUCAGUCGCACUUUUAUAUAUUUAUUUAUGGAACAUAAAUCUAUUAUAUAUGAAGCAAAAAGACUACCCAUUGGAAACUAUUUGAAUUGUAACAAAGAAUUCAGCCCUUAAGACUAUAAAAACUA